AUGUCGAAAUCGGAAUCGGCGUCCGAAUAUGAGAUUCAGUACCGUUCGACGAUUCAGCCGAGGACGGCCGUCCGUUCACAGUCCCGCCAAAGUGGCAACUAUGUGUCCGGCGGUACUGGCGGAGGUGGCGGAGGCAGAGUGCUCAAGAUGGUGACCGAGAUGGGUUCGGCCACAAUUGGUGGAAUCUCGCCGGCUUUGUCAGCUAAUGCUGCUAAAUCCUUUCUCGAAGCCACCGACAAGGAAAAGAAAGAGCUUCAGGGUUUGAACGAUCGUCUUGGUAACUACAUCGAUCGAGUGAAACGCUUAGAAGAACAGAAUAGAAAAUUGGUCGCCGAUCUGGACGAGUUGCGUGGAAAGUGGGGAAAGGACACCUCGGAAAUCAAGAUUAAAUACUCCACAUCGCUAUCGACUGCUCGUAAAGACAUCGACGACUCUGCCAGAAGAAAGGCCGAGAUCGACGUCAAAGUGGCUCGUCUUCGCGACGACCUAGCCGAGUACAGAAACCGAUAUGAGGACAUCCAGCACCGAAGAGAAGCGGAUCGAGAGAAAAUCGCUCAGUGGACGAAUGCGAUCGCUGAUGCGGAAAAUGAGCUCGAGAUGCUUCGUGCUAGAUGGAAGCAGCUUACUGAUGAGGAGAAACGUUUGAACAAUGACAAUGCACGAAUCUGGGAGGAUCUUCAAAAAGCCAGAAAUGAUCUCGAUGAGGAGACUAUUGGCCGUAUUGAUUUCCAAAACCAAGUACAAACAUUGAUGGAGGAACUCGAAUUCCUUCGC